AUGGCUUUGCGGAAGACCGAAGCUUCUGAAGAAUCUCCUGAACUUGUCCUUGGGCGAGAAGUUUGGGAAGUGCAGACCGGCGAUGACAAGACCGCCAUUUUCAAUAUAUGCUUUGAUUUUGGCGAGCACUUCUCGGGCCUGUUGAUUGGAGUGGCUAAGGCCUUCAUCCGUUAUGAUUAUUGCACUGAAGGUCGUCUCGGCAAUGGUUCUGAGCGCGGCGGACGCGGUCUUCACGCGCCUGAGGGUGGCCACUUCCAGAAUCCUGUCCAAGAAGCUGGCAUAGAUUUCGUCGAGGUAGUCGCGAUAGGCGAGAGAGAAGAAGAAUCUGGGGUCUCUCGUUUGAGGCCAUGGUCAGAAUAA